UGGCGAUUGACCAAUCGCACUGGCUGUUACUUUGAGGUAGAAUGUUGAGAGGCGUAAUGGAUUGGGACGUAGUUGGCGUGUGACCGGUUUGCUUGCUACCAGUUAUAACUUCAACGUUUCUGAAAGUUUUUUUCAGCCGCGAUUUUGCUCCCUGUUUCCUUUUUUUUUCUUUUUAAUUAAUGCUGACAGCAUGGGAGGUAGUGGGAGUACAAAACGCGUCUCCUUCGAAGCAGAUGAAAAUGAUCAGAUCACUGUGGUGAAGGGCAUUAGGCUCUCCGACAGUGUUAUCAGCCGUAUGCGGGAUGCUUCUUCGCCAGCUGAAAAACCCCAGUCGUCAUCUGCAGGGCCGCCAUCAUCUACUGGAACUUGUCCACCUCAUCCAGUCCAACCAAAAGUCACGCAGAUUAGAUUUCCUGUUUUCUUUCCUGAACUGCUGAUGAAGUACAAGUCACAACCCAUCUGUGCUGAACUCCAAGGCGAAGUCCUGCGCUGCUAUCAGACGAACCCACAGCAGACUCUCAGCUGUUCUGCAUUGGCUAAGCAGUACAUUCACUGUAUUAACUAUGCUAAACAAUCUUUGUAUAAGCCUGAAUUAACACAAAAAAAGGUCAGCAUGCAAGUUUUCCCUGAUGACCUGCUGUGCAAAUUCACAGGAUAA